AUGAAAAAUUUGAAUCAGAAUAUGAAAAAUAAUGAUAAUAAAAAGAAUGAAAAAAUAUCAGGGUUAGAAGAGAAUGAAGAACAUAAUAAUAACAAUAUAGUACCAUAUUAUUUAUCAAAUUUAUUAACGAAUCCAUCUAAUCCUGUUGUAUUUAUGGAUAUAAAUUUAGGUAAUCAUUUUUUGGGAAAAUUCAAAUUUGAAUUAUUUCAAAACAUUGUACCCAGAACAAGUGAAAAUUUUAGGAAGUUUUGUACAGGUGAACAUAAAAUAAACAACUUACCAGUAGGAUAUAAAAAUACAACAUUUCAUAGGGUAAUAAAAGAUUUUAUGAUUCAAGGUGGAGAUUUUGUUAACUAUAAUGGUAGUGGAUGUAUAAGUAUAUAUGGAGAACAUUUUGAUGAUGAAAAUUUUGAUAUUAAACAUGAUAAAGAAGGACUUUUAAGUAUGGCAAAUACUGGGCCUAAUACAAAUGGAUGUCAAUUUUUUAUAAUCACCAAAAAAUGUGAAUGGCUAGAUGGUAAAAAUGUAGUCUUUGGUAGAAUUAUAGAUAAUGAUUCUUUGAUUUUAUUAAAGAAAAUUGAAAAUGUAUCAGUAACCCCAUAUAUUUAUAAACCCAAAAUUGCAAUCAAUAUAGUAGAAUGCGGAGAAUUAUGA